CCCAAAUCCCAUAGCAUCUGUGUCUUCUCUCUUCAACUCCCUUUGUUUCUCUCUCCUCUUUCCUCCAGGACUCCCCUGAGAUUUAGGGUCUCUCUGUUUGGACCUCCCAACCAGAUAAUAAACAUAUAAAAGUAAGCUCCUUUUCGUAUUGUCUUGAGUUAAGAAGAAAUACACACACAACACCCAUUUGUAUGUGUGUGUUUCUGUGUGUGUAUAUUGUGUGAAAAAGGUGGAGAAUUGUUCAAUCUCAAUCUCUAAAAGAUCAGCUACAUCUUUUAAGGGUCGAAACUAAUUCUGGGUUUCACCAUCUUGGGAUAAUUCUUCUACUCAAUCAACUAAUCAGAGACUUGUGAGCUACUUGUGAGGCUCAUCUCUAUUGGCCUGCUGAUUGAGUUUGUGCAUUACUUAUUGAACUCUUGGAUAAAAGAUGAGAAGGACUGUUCAAUCCUUACGACAAUUUCGAGCAGCAUUUAGGCAUAAUAGAGGAGACAUCAUCUGUAUUGGGUUAGCUAAAAGACAAAGUUUUUUGCUCGAGAGAAAUCGUGGGGCUUUCUACAAAUUCUCCUACAAUGCAGAUAUUUGUAGAUACGGACAUAACUCCUAUCGGACCUCCAGAGCUUUGUCCACAGAUGCAGCAAAAGUAACUAACGGAGAAUCGAACAGAGAAGGACCUCUUGUGGAGUAUGAACGCAGAAUUGCUGCGGGUGAGCUCAUGGAUGGUGAUGCUUGCCAGGUAGGCACCUUGAGAGAAUUACAGAGACUUUAUGAUCAGCUGGUUGAUUCAGCUGAUGCCUGCCGAUUAGAUCGGUAUGCUGCUUCCAAGAAAGCCGAGAGGAGUAGGUGGUUGUGGUCUCGUUUCAUGCCACAAUCUUCAUACUCACCUGUGAAAGGACUUUAUCUUUAUGGAGGAGUGGGCACAGGAAAAACUAUGUUGAUGGACUUGUUCUUCGAUCAACUGCCCUGCAACUGGAGGAAAAAGAGGAUCCAUUUUCACGACUUGAUGUUGAAUGUUCACAGCCGCUUACAAAAGCACAAGGGUGUGGCAGAUCCCCUUGAAGUCGUUGCGGGAGAGAUAUCUGAUGAAUCAAUUUUGUUAUGCCUUGAUGAAUUCAUGGUGACUGAUGUUGCUGAUGCAUUAAUACUAAACCGUCUAUUUGGACAUCUAUUCAGCAAUGGGGCUAUUCUUGUUGCUACGUCAAACCGUGCUCCAGAUAACCUUUAUGCAGGUGGAUUGCAAAGAGAUCUUUUUCUACCAUUCAUUUCUACUCUGAAGGAAAGAUGUGUCGCCCAUGAAAUUGGCUCGUCAGUGGAUUACCGGAAAAUGACUUCGGCUGAGCAAGGUUUCUACUACAUUGGAAAAGACUUGUCAGACCUUCUUAUGCAAAAGUUUCAAGAAUUAGUUGGAGAACAUAGAGCUGGUCCAGAAGAGGUGGAAGUUGUUAUGGGAAGGACAUUGCAGGUACCAUUGGGUGCUAAUGGAUGUGCAUAUUUUCCUUUUGGAGAACUCUGUGACAAACCUCUUGGAGCUGCAGAUUACUUUGGAUUGUGUAAGAAUUUCCAUACCCUGGCUUUGGAUGGUGUGCCUGUUUUUGGGCUCCACAAUAGGACAGCAGCAUAUCGGUUUGUCACUCUAGUAGAUGUGAUGUAUGAUAAUAAAGCUAGAUUGUUGUGUACAGCUGAGGGGACUCCUCUUGAACUUUUCGAAAGCAUUGUGACAAUAUCUGAGGCACAGCAGAUGGCACCUAGAACCUCUUCAAGAUCAAGGAGAACUGAUGAUUUUGAUCUUUGUGUGGAUAAUGAAUUAGGAUUUGCAAAAGACCGCACCAUUAGCAGGUUAACAGAGAUGAAUAGCAGGGAGUACUUGGAACAUCAUGUGGCAGUGUUCACAGAGAAGCAACUCUUGCAGAAUGAUGGCUACAAGGAGUCCUUACAAGCAUGAUACAAUUGAAAAUUUUGAUGUUUGAACUACUGUUUGUUGUGCUAUCACAUAUCUCAAGUGUUAUUUAAGUUGGUGGUAGUUUUUUGGCACCAUACCCAGAUAUAGGUAUAACUGAAGCUAAUAAAUUGUGUUUAAUAAAAUGUAAUCUUGUCAUUUGGUCAAGAUUUUAAUCCAAUGAGCAGUGUCUUUUGAGCUGCAAUGUAAUGAACAGUUGUAACAAGAGUUUAUUUAAGG